AUGGAGCAAACUAAAGCUUUGAACGCACUAGAGCCGUUCAUCGCCCUCUCCAAGUCGGCCACCUCGCCCCGCGCCGCCGCCGACCUCAUCGAGCGGGCCACCUCUGCGCCCAACACAUACAUCUUCGCCGAGCUGUUGCAGUCACCGCAGCUCCAGGCCCUCGCAGCCUCACACCCGGAACAGCUCGCGCCGCACCUAGCGCUACUGCGCCUCUUCUCCUACGGCGACUACGAGACGUACGAGGCGACGCCCGGCCUGCCGGCGCUCAGUGACGCGCAACGCCUCAAGCUACGGCAGCUUAGCUUACUAUCGCUCGCGGCAGCCUCGCGCCAAAGGGCAGACCUCUCGUACGCGCGGCUCCUGCAGCGGCUGCGCCUCGACACUACGCCGCAGCUCGAGACGCUCGUCACCACGGCCAUUUACGCCGGGCUCAUCGACGCCAAGCUCGACCCGGCCCGCCAGCGCGUGCACGUCGUCCGCGUGGCGCCCCUGCGAGAUCUGAGCCCCGACGACGACACGCCGCGCAUGCGCGCUGCGCUCCAGGGCUGGUCGGACCGCUGCGCGGCGAUUCUCACGGAUGUAGAGACGCACAUGGAGCGGGUGAGGCAGGGCGCGGCUGAGAGAGCUAGGGCAGAGAGCGAGGCCAAAGAAAAAAUGGCGGAAAAGAUGGCCAAGGCCAUGACGGAGCUACGGGAUGCGGACAAGUUCGGUGGAGGAGGCAUUAUGCGCGAGCAGCUGGCGCGCAGAGGUAUGAGUAAGAGAGCGGUGUUGGAUGCGGUGGCAAAGUCCAAGGCGGAUGAGGCUAUGGAUCUGGAUGGGUUGUCUCCUAGCGAGGAGAGCAAGAAGAGGGCGGGCAAGAGAAAGAUGUAG